AUGAGGGGCUGCCUCGCCGCCGCAGUCCUGCUGGUUUCGGCCGCAGCGGCCCCGGCCUGCCGCCGGACCGCCGCGGAGAUGGUCGCCGCGCUCGAUCUGAGGCGGCUGUCGCACUCGCCCUGCGCCUCGGCGGUCAUACAUGCGGACGAGCGGUACGUGUUGAAGCAUGUGCUGACACGGCGGGACUCGCUCCUCGAGCGCGAGACGUGCGUCUUGCAGAAGCUGCAGCGUUUCGAUUGGGCGCCGCGAUGGUUUUGCACCGGCGACGACUACAUCCUGACGGAGUGGCGGGGCAAGGAGAUGUGCGAGCGGACCGAGUCCUACGACGCGCAAAUGCGGCGCAUCCUCGACGAGCUGCACGCCGCGGGCGUCCGCCAUAACGACCUCCGCAAGCGGGAGCGGACGGACUUCACCGUGGCAGCCGGCCGCGUGUCGCUCGUCGACUUCGCGUACGCGUCGGUCCGGGGCUCGCUUGAAAUGAGUUGCAAGGGGAGCUUCGGCCUACUAAAAGCUGGCGGCAACCUGACGCGGAGCAGCUCGGAGCUCGAAUGGGGCAUGGCGGCGCCGGAGCGCGGCGCGGCCGCGGACCUGCCGCAAGCACGCUGCGGCGCUUCCAAACAAGUGGCGCGCGUCCGGGGCCUCUGCCGGCCGGCGUGCAUCCACGAGCCGUACGCGGGCUUCGAGCACCUCCCGCGCUGCGAGCCCACGCCCUACGUCCCGCCGACGGCCGGCGAUUGGCAGUGCUACGCCGUGCGCAACCCGGACGUCGCCGCUGCGCUCGGCCGCAAGGUCGGCGCGCUCGCGCGCCACUUCUACCGGCACGGUUUCGCCGAAGGGCGCAGCCCGUACUGCGAGGCGGACAGGGGGCGGUACACCUGCGCGUUCCCGCGCUGCGACGAGGCGCGCGGCGCGCGGCGCUUCGACGGCGUGAGGGGACGCCCGGGCCGGCAUCGACGGCCGCGCGAACCUUGGACGGCCCUCGCGACGACGCCGCGCGGGACGCGCGCCGCGGACGCGGGGAACCCCUACGGACCCACGCUCCGCGCGACCGCCGCCCGGACCGCCGGCGCGCCGCACCGUGACGCGGGCUGGUGCGAGCCCGGGCGAGGCGCGGCCUGCGGCGGCGGCGCGUGCUGGUUCGACGCAGGGUGCCUCGCCGCGCCCAAAGCCGUGUGGCAGCCGCUGUCGACGCCGCCGGAGCUCGCGCCGGGGACGCGGGUCCGGGCGGAACUGGUCGUCGCGAAAUGCACGAAAAAUGUGGAUUGGCUCGCGGAGGAGGUCGAGGCGCUGAAGCAAGAGGGCGUCGACGUCGAUCGGGUCACGAUCUACGCCAAGUGCGGCGGCGCGAAGGCGGCGCUGGCGACGACGCGCGACGGCGUUGUCGUCGAGACGAGGCUCGCGCCAAACGUGGGCCGGUGCGACGAGACCUACGCGCGGCACAUGCGGGACCGGUACGACGACCUGCGGGACCUAGUCCUCUUCGCCAAGGACACGUCGGUCUACCGCGAGCGGCGGCGCGCGGUCGGGAUCGCGAGCGCGGCGCGCGUCGCGGCCGCGCGGGGCGUGGGCUGCGCCCUGCCGGCCUUCGAGACGGACUGGCACGCCGCGUCGCACCUCCGGAACUGGACGAUCCCGUACUACCGGAAGCGCUGGUCGGGGCAAUCGGGGCCGGACUUCGCGUCGCCGGAUUACUCCACGUUCGGGGCGUGGCUCGCCGCCGUGUUGGGUGCGGGCGCGGCGACGGCGACGGCCGCCCAAGCCGGGCACCUCGCGGCCGUCGGCGCCGCGCGGGUCCUCCCGGUGUGCUUCGGCGGGACCUUCGCCGCGUCCCGCGCCGCCGUACGGUCCGUGCCGCGGGCGACCUGGGCCUUCGUCGCCAAAACCCUAGACCGCGGCGACAGCGUCCAGGAGGGGCACUUCGCCGAGCGGGCCUGGGCCGCUUUGCUCGGCCCCGACGCGUCGCGGCGGUUCCAGGACUGGCUCGUGUGCCGCGCCGACGCGGUCGUUUUAAUCCACCGCCAACGAAAGACAUACUGCUCGCUCUCGGGCAUGCUCGUCAACCGGCGCGGCGACGUGCGCGCGUGCGCGGCGCCGCGCGCGGACGCCGACGUACCGGCCCGCCAGUGCCGUGGCUAUAAGGUCACCGAGAAAUAAUAUAUAUGUUCAUUGUU